AUGCUUAUCAGCUCUGGGGAGGAUCCAGCAACACAGUGGCUGAUGGCCACUGGCCAAAUCAGCCUCAGUCCCACCCCACCUCUGCCCUUCGGCCUGAAGUCACAGGAUGAGGCGGGGCAGCCUGCCAUGGCUGGCCUGCAACUCUUUCUACUAAUUGCUCUGGGCCUACCAGGCUCCCUGGGGGUCAUCCCAGAGGAAGAGAAGGUACCGGACUUCUGGAACAAGAAAGCAAUGGCAGCCCUGAAUGCUGCCUCAAAGCUGCAGCCCAUCAACACAAGAGCCAAGAACCUGAUUCUCUUCUUGGGAGAUGGGAUGGGAAUAUCCACGGUGACAGCCACCCGGAUCCUAAAGGGGCAGCUUAAUGGCAAGCUGGGUCCAGAGACACCUUUGGCUAUGGAUGGCUUUCCCUAUGUGGCUCUAUCCAAGACCUACAAUGUGGACAGACAAGUGCCCGACAGUGCAGGUACCGCCACAGCCUACCUGUGUGGAGUCAAAGGUAACUAUAAGACCAUCGGCCUGAACGCUGCAGCCAUGUUCAACCAGUGCAAUACCUCAAAAGGAAACGAGGUGUACUCCGUGCUGUCCCAGGCCAAGAAAGCAGGAAAGUCGGUGGGAGUGGUAACCACCACCAGGGUGCAGCAUGCUUCCCCCUCGGGCACCUACGCACACACAGUGAACCGUGACUGGUACUCGGAUGCCAACAUGCCCCAGGAGGCACUACGGGAUGGCUGCCAGGACAUUGCCAGCCAGCUCAUCUCCAAUGUGGACAUUGAUGUGAUCUUGGGUGGAGGCCGCAUGUACAUGUUUCCUGAGGGCACCCCAGACCCUGAGUACCCCAACAAUAGCUCCCAGAAUGGAAUCCGGAAGGACAAGAGGAACCUGGUGAAGGAAUGGCAGGCUAAACACCAGAAUGGCAGUUACGUAUGGAACCUCACUGGGCUUGAGGAGGCCGCCAAGGACCCAUAUGUUACUCACAUCCUGGGCCUCUUCGAGCCUAAGGACACCAAGUACGACAUUCACCGCAAUCUCACCCUGGACCCAUCACUGAUGCAGAUGACCGAGGCAGCCCUGAAGCUGCUGAGCAGAAAUCCCCUCGGCUUCUACCUCUUUGUGGAGGGGGGCCGCAUCGACCAAGGUCACCAUGAUGGCAUCGCAUACCUGUCACUCACUGAGGCUGUCAUGUUCGACUCCACCAUCGCCAGGGUGGGCCAGCUCACCAGCGAACUGGACACCCUGUCCCUCGUCACAGCUGACCACUCACAUGUCUUCACCUUUGGGGGCUACACACACCGAGGCUCUUCCAUUUUUGGACUAGUGCCUGAGAAGGCCCUGGACGGCAAGACCUACACGUCCAUCGCCUACGGCAAUGGACCCGGCUAUGCACUGAGGAAUGGCACCCGGCCCAACGUCACUGAGAAGGAGAGCAGUGACCCCGGGUACAAGCAGCAGGCAGCCGUGCCACGCGGAUCCGAGACUCACGGCGGCGAGGAUGUGGCACUGUUUGCGCGUGGCCCGCAGGCACACCUGGUGCACGGCGUGCAGGAGCAGACUUACGUGGCACACCUUAUGGCCUUUGCCGCCUGCCUUGAACCCUACACCAACUGCAACCUCAAGGCCCCCAACGACUCUGCAGUCCCAGGAACCAGCACGCCCGUGCUGGCCCUGCUGACCGGGGCAGUGCUGCUGCUGCUACUGGAAGUCUGAAGCGCCUAGGG